GCAGCAAUUCCGAAGUUUUGAUUCAAAAAUUCGGUUCUCUUUCUCUGCCAUCUUUGAAAGCCGUGACGAUCGAACAAAACUUGUGCAGAUACCGUUUUCCGGACUGGUGUGCGCGUUUAUUUUCGUUUAGUUGCUUUAUUUCGUUUCAAAUAAGUGCCGUGAGUAUGAAUAUCGCUCGGUGACGAAGUGAAAACCCCAAAAUAUUCCGAAGUUAGUGUCGCGAAACGCAGAAAAAAAUUGCGGAAAAGGGCUAGCCGCUAGCGCUACAGCGAGAACUUUUCUAGUUCCCCUUGCUGCAGCCUGUCAUCGUACAUUGCUCUUUGCCGUAAACUUCGCGGGAGUAUUUUUUUUUUUUGCUUUCCUGCUCUUUACUGUGAGCAGCAAGCGCGCAUGUGAAUGUGUGUGUUUUGGCUGUUAAAAUUUUCGCGUGGAAGAAAAACGUAAACAAAAAUACACCAACGUAUUUUUCACAUUCAUUGGAUUAGCACUUAGCAGAGCUGUGUUGGUGUGUUGUUACUGGUGCAGUUUCAAUUUAUUUCUGAUGAAUGGAAAAUUCAAAACAAGGAUGAUUUUUCUUUUAAAUUGAAUGAAAAUUGUGAACACGCUUGAGGUUUCAUCAAGGGGUAAUAAAUAUUUAACAUUGAUUGCUUCGUGUCAGCUGAAAUUUAUAAAACUGCUUUUGAGAAACAGUUUCAACAAGGAAAAAGUGCUGAGAUAACCACAAAAUUUGCCACCAUCAUGGAUUUCAAGCAGCAACAUGGACAAACCCAGUACCCACGGAAUACUUCCCGACUGAAGCAGACCAACCCGACGACAUCUUCUGCUGCUCCCCAGAAAGUUAUGCUACGAAGAAGAUGUCGCAGCGAAAGUCUUCCGAUGGCAUCGAUAAACGAAACCAAAAGCGGUAAACAGCGCCUCCAAGGUCACCACCAUCAUCUUUACAACCACCCCCAGCACCAUCUACUCAAGUCAAAAGGAGAUAAUCCGUCUUUGCUAGUCGAGUCGGUCAGUCUGCAGAACAAUGGUGGCCGAAAGGCUCUACCAGCGAUAGGAAACAACGAAUUACUGCCCAGUAUCACAAUCAACAGUGUGAAGGAAAACGUAAUGCACAACGGUCACACUCGAAUCGUCGAGAACGCUUUAAAUGCCAAGGAUGUGUACACAAGCGAGCUAGACAUGUACCGGAAGGAUCGCAGGUAUGGCUACUAUAUUGCCAGCGAGAAGCAGCUUGAGUCUCGUUUCGCGCGUAACCUUGAAAGUUCAUUUAACCCACGGAACACCGUUUUCGAUCGAAACAAUCGGAAACUGCGAGCCCGCAGUGAGUCCGAGCCGCAUGAAAUCUACACCAGCAGCACGUCAGGGUCGUCGCUCAGUGGCCGGACGACACCCAGCUUUAGUAAUCGGGAACAAGUGCGAGAUCUUUGUCUGAAACGCACCCGCGACACUAUCUCACCCACACUAGAGGGCGACGAAACACUGGAAUGUGUAGCUUCGUCGGUGCCUCUGAAGGAUUCCCCACCAUCAAAAAUGUUCAAUGCGGUCGACGUCAGCCGGCUGGAUGAAGCCUUAGUCAAUGUAAAUGCUACCCAGCAACAGCGUUCGAAAGGAUCUAAAGCAAUCUCCACGGCAAAUGGAGUCCGCACAACAAAAACUGUACGCUCACGUACAGGAGCCCCAGUUAACAAAUACAAAUCGAGCCUUAAAUCCGCACCGACCACUGUGUCGGCUAUCGUUGCUUCAGGUGGAUUGGUCGCCGGACUGAUUGGACGUAAAUCGGUGUCGCCUCCACUGCUUAAACCAUUAGCCGGCUCCACUUCUCCUACACCGUCCGGGAUAUCGACAGGAACCAGCGGUGGUGAGUCCGUUCAUACACAAGACCUAGACACGGAAACGAUUGGCCAUUCGGACGCAGGAGACGAUGAAGACCUGGACGAUGAAUGUGGUGCAGAAGAUGACGAUCUGGAGGACGAAUUGAUCGAAGAUGAUGAAUUACUGAAUGGAUCGAUUACAGACUCGGAAGAUAACUAUCAAACUCACCUAGCAGCAUACCAAGCAAGGGCGAAAUCAAACUCCACCUCACCGUCGCCAUCGCUAGUCAAAGGACCAGUGACAUCCAUCGGUUGCGUGCAAGGAGGCUGCCCGAUUGAAGGACCCUUAGCACCUAGUCUAUUUCCACAUGUUCCACCUUACAUUACAUUUUCAACACACGAAGAGAAAGGUCCUCCAAUGCCACCGGCCAUUCAUAAAGUGCUCAAGUGGAAGAUGACACUCAUAACUCCGAUCAUCGUGCGGAAGGUGUUGAUCAAUAGCGGUUUUCGAUUGCUUAAAAAAACAAACGAUUGGGUCGGUAUCUGGGGUAAACACAUGAAAAGUCCUUGCUUUAAAACUUUGCGCUCCUAUCAGAAAUUCAAUCACCUACCCGGAAGCUUUCAGAUCGGUCGAAAGGACCGCGUUUGGCGAAAUUUGCAGUCACAGAUGAAUCGGCAUGGUAAGAAAGAGUUUGGAUUUAUGCCCCGAACCUACAUUAUACCCCAAGACCUGAAAAUGCUCCGCCAAAUGUGGCCCCGCUACAGUCAACGAAACUGCAAGUGGAUUAUCAAGCCGCCGGCCUCGGCGAGAGGCACCGGCAUCAAGGUCGUUAACCGCUGGUCGCAGAUACCCAAGCGGAAGCCACUGAUUGUGCAGCGUUACGUCGAGCGACCACUGCUAAUCAACGGCAGCAAAUUCGAUCUUCGUUUGUACGUUCUGGUGACAUCGAUCAACCCCCUGCGCGUGUAUAUGCAUACGGAUGGACUGGCUCGAUUUGCUUCUGUGAAAUAUAGUGAGAAAUCAGACACCCUCAGCGAUCGAUAUAUGCAUUUAACCAACUACAGUAUUAAUAAGCUGUCAAACAACUACAGUGCGAAUGAAGAUGCAGAUGCCUGUCAGGGUCAUAAAUGGACUAUCAAAUCACUGUGGUCGUAUUUUACCGAGCAGGGUAUCGACACGGAUCGCCUAUGGGGAGCAUUAAGGAAUCUAGUCCUACGGACGAUACUUGCAGGCGAAGGACCCAUCCAUGCUAUGUCUAAACUGAAUGUUGCCAGCAAAUACAACUGUUACGAGCUCUUUGGCAUAGACGUGAUACUCGAUUCGGAACUUGUUCCGUGGCUGCUGGAAGUAAAUAUAUCACCCUCAUUGCAUUCCGCUUCGACACUGGAUGCACAUGUUAAAGGACCACUAGUGAAAGCGUUGCUAAACACGGUUAUGUAUCAGGUUCCUCCGAGAAUACCUCUUGCUGAGCAGAAAGAAAUUCUAGCAGAACAAGGCCUAGAAGGUCCGCUGUGUUACGACAAACGGAUAUACGUAUCAGUCUUAUCGAAAACCGAACGCUUGAAACAUAACGCGUUCAUUCAGAAAGAUACAACAAGGGAAGAGUACCUCAACGCAAUCCUAGAAGAACUGACCCCAGACGAUGUACGCUGUUUGAUGCUCACCGAAGAUGAACUCGCCAGAAGUGCCCCACUGGAACGUAUCCUUCCAGCGCCCAAUAGCCACCGGUAUAUUGGAUUUACCGAACAUCCUAGAUAUUAUAAUCGCUUGCUGGACGCCUGGGAGCAUCGCUACUGUCACAAUCGUGCCGAAGGAAUCGCCUUGCUGCAGUCACUUUGCGAACAAAAAGUCCAUCUACAGGUACCGCCGAGCACGCUGAAAAAGGACUCCAACAAUAAACAACCAGACAGUACAAGUAACGAGAACGGUUCUCAGGAUAGUGGCAUCCAGUCAGACCCGGCUUGCUCCGAAUUACAAUCCCAAGAGUCCUGUUCUGCGUUUCAUUCGCAAGAGUCAAUCGAUCAUAUUCCUGAAGCCGCCAGUACUACCAGUGCAACGCUACCUACGGCGACGGCAACAAUGCAACAGCAGCAACCGGAAGAGAAGCAGAGAACCGCCGCGGAUAGUAUGAAGCUUGGUGACAAAAUCAAGCUUAUUCUAGACGAUGCACUUCUGCUGAAGCAACAGCACUGUGGUGAUACCGAAAAUGCCAUUAUAGUAGAGCAGUAAGAAUCGAAUUAUUUCUUGUAGAAACACGACACUCGAUUGGCGAUAAUAAGUUAUACUAAAAUACUACCAUCCUAUACUAUUUUCCGCGCCAACCAUCGUCAAUUUAUAGUUGAUGUUCUUUUUAAGAGAGAAAAAACUAGUGAUUAGCGGGUUUGCGUUGAAAAGACUGAAUCCAAAGUGUUCUCUGUACAAAAACGAAAAAAAAAAUAGUUCAAUGGCAGAAUAUUAAGAUACUACUUACGCGAAAACAGUAGCCAAAUGUACGUCGAAUGUAACAUAGAAGCAGAUGUAGAGUCCUGUUUCCGAACGUACCCAACUAGAUGCAAGUAAACUUCCAAGAAAAUACUCCCGACCACAGUUACUGCAACAACCCACAAUUUUAAGCUUGUAGUUAAAGCUGUCCCUCGCUUCUGUUUACUUGAGCAAAACAAUAUCCUCUCAAACUGAAACAACUUCCAAGGAAGAGUUUGAAGAUAAAGGUUUUUCAUUCGAUAAACUGUCUUAAAUGAACCAGAGGACACUAUUGUAGUUAACCCGCUACAAACAAAUACAUAAUUACAGUCGGCUCAGUGACAUGCAUGAUACAAACAAUUGUAUAACUGCUAAAUCAUAGGAAAAUAAAUUCUUAAUAUAAGCAUACGGAACAGAGCAGAUACUAGACAUGUAUCUGUCGAUAGAAAUAAAAAAGCCGUUUGGAAAGUU